AUGCGACGUUGGUAUAUGCAAAAUAGGUACAGGCUGACUAAGGGAGGUGCAUACUCAAUCACAAGGAGCUAUAUUGAUAUUAGAGAGCACCACAACAGUUCACAUAUUGCUGAUUGCAUUUGGAGUGCAGUGGCUCAACCUAAACAUAGAUUUAUUCUAUGGUUAGCUGUCGAAGAUAGACUGCUCACUAAGGAAAGGCUGAUGAAGAUGAACAUCUCAGUGAAGGAAGUUAAUUGUUGUUUAUGUGAUGCUCAGAAGCUGGAGACAGUCAAACACUUGUUCAGUGAAUGCCCAUGGAUCACUGAGGUCAACAGGGGUUUUGAACAAUGGACAUGCUUGCCUAUACAACUGGGGGAGGUGAAGGAAGUAAUGCUGAAAAUUAAAAGGAAGAAACGGAAGCAGUUUCAGAAACAAGUGAUAGCUGCGAGUUGGGGGGCAAUGAUCUACCAUACUCGGAGAGCCCAGAACUGA